ACUGAAAAUGGUAUGUGUACUUUUAUUGGUUCCGAGGUGUCUAAGUUUUAUUGGCUAACAGCACAACGACGUUUCAUAUAAGACUGUGAAAACGAUAUUUGAAGUCAUAUUCGCCAAUUGAAAUUGUAACAAUUUCAUGGUAAUGCUGAUAUUGUGACUAUAAACUGCGCCUGAAAACAUCCGUUGCCUUCAGGAUCUGGCAAUUAUCAACAUAUAUUGAAAGGCGUACAGAUAGAAAACAAAUGUGGCCCGCCCCGGGAAAUAGUUCGGGAAAUGUUGAGAGAUAUAUCAGAGAACAACGAGUUGUCCAGAGUUCCGGCAAUGGUUAUUUCAGCGAACAGAGAACAGUUGAAAGUUUUCACCGCGAGCAGAGACCAGUCUAUGGCUCGCAUUCUCAAGCUUUAAGUAUAGGACCACCUAUGCAAGGAUCAAAUUUUCAACAAUUCGGUCCAGCCCCUACAGACCAAAGGGGUCGGUAUGACUUCAACACUAUUGGAAACCCUGGACCUGUUACACCUAUAGGACACUGUGAUCAAUACAGCUCAACCCCGUUGCAACAUUUUGACGCUUUAACACUUGGAGGACCCAGUGAUCCGUAUGGAAGCCGUUCCACACCAAGAGGAAAUUAUGGCUCUGCUGGACCAAGCACUUAUGGAAACCCCGGUCAAAUAACCUAUGGACAAUGCAAUGACCAGUCAGGCUUAAAUCCUUUUGGAAACAUUAGAAGCAAUCCUGGCAUCUUCACACCCCGAGGAAACAGU